AUGCGGUGCACCUCUGGGAGGAAUGCCGAUGCCAAGGUGCUGGUGGUGCCAAACACGCUGCCAGCAGACAGCAGCGGCGAUUUUGUUGGCUGGGGCACGUCGCUAGCAUGGUUUGCCCACGCGAUAGGCACAGACUCUCAGCUGCUGGAGGCCGUAUCUCAGGCGCUGUUCAGCCGGGACGGCCUGGGCCUCAACAUUGUGAGGUACAACAUAGGGGGUUCAGACCUGAAUGGGGAUGACCUCGGAAAGUUCAGGGCCGGGGGAGCCGUGCCCUGCUGCUACAGCCGCGACGGCAGCUUCGAUCCCGAGCCCGACGCGCCUCAGACCGCGUUCCUGCUGCGCGCGCGUGAGCUCAUCGGUCGCGACGCGUUCUACUCCGAGGCCUUCUGCAACUCGCCGCCGUACUGGAUGUGCAAGAGCGGCACCAGCCGCGGGCACACGCGGCCGUACCGCAACAACCUGGGGCGCAUGGAGGUGGAGGCGUUUGCCGCGUCCAUGCUGGCGGCGCUCGCGCACUUCAAGGAGGCGCACGGCCUCGUCUUUGACAGCCUCUCGCCCUUCAACGAGCCGGGGAGCCCGGCGUGGAUCCAGGCGCUCAGUGCGCAGGAGGGCUGCUACUUUUCACAUGCACGCAUGAACGACGUGUCAGCCCACGAGCAGUUUUGCAUCUCUGACGCAAACAAAGAUGUGCGCAAGACGCCAGCAGCACUGUGGCCCGCAAUCGGCAAGAUCAACACCCACACCUACGAUUUAUCAGAGUUCUUGGGGUCCAAGGUACCCUUUUUCGUGACCAAGACUCAGGACAACAUGUUCAAGCGGGCCAGCCUCAGGAGGCGCGCGGCGCACGCUCAGAAAGAUGUCUGGGUGUCUGAGUUUGGGACGGGCAAGGGCGCGGAGCCGCUGGCGCGGCACGUUAUGUACCACGUCAUCCGCAUGCUGACCCGCGCGCUGCCCCGCGGCGCGCGCGUGUUCGGCGCGCCGCCGCUCGCGCGGCGGGGCGUGGGGGUGUGGCUCGGGGAGGGGCGGACCGGGUACGUGCUAGUGCACCCCGCAAAGGCCGCCGCGCCGCUGACGCUCAGCGCCGACGCCCGGGCCCUGCUCGGCACCCAAGCCGCCGGCGGCGGCGGCGGCGGCGGGGGCCUCAAAGCGGCCGCCACGCUGCUGGACGCGGCCGGGUUGGAUGCUGAGGCCGCGGCGGCGGGGGACCGGCAAGGGGAUGUGGGCAGCGGGAGCCGCGAGGCGGUGAGGGUGUUGGAGGUGGGGCCGGACGGCCUGGUGGAGCUGGAGGUGCCGCCGGGCCACCUGGCGGCGGUCGUAAUCUCAGCGGGGUGA